CCUUACUAAAUGCGGCUAACGGUAUAACGCUCUAUCAUCCUCGACAACGGCACCUCAUCAUAAGACUCCAAAGAAGGCUAGAGUACAGGGCAUAUACGAAUUUGCCCUUGCCCAACAACGCCGCUAUGGAACUCCAUUUCGUAAAUCUGACAUCUUUCGGACCGCCGGCGUAAGCAGAGCUCGAGGGAAAGCAAUUCUCAAAGACCACCCAAGAACCUUCAAUAACAAUCCCUUCUAUGACGAGACGCGCGUUCCGGAAAAGGAUCUUGACGGAGGAAGAUAUCGAUAAGAUGGAGAAAAUCAUCUGGUACCAUGGCAUUGAAAGCCGGAUGCUCUCGUAUCAUAGUCUCCUCCAAGAAGCUGGCGUUGAGAAGGAGCUCUCGCAGGGUACUAUCCAACGCGCUCUUGGCCAAAGAGAUUGGCGCCGUUGUAUUGCUUGCCAAAGGUCCUUCGUCAACGCUAAGCUUGCUAAAAAGCGGUGUGAAGAAGCCCGUAAGUCCUUGGAAUAUCGGCCUCGACCGGAAGACUGGCGAGAUAUUUAUUUCACCGGCGAGUUCUAUAUCUCUUCAGGAGCUUCAGGUCGUGUUUGGAUCCUCCGGAAACCUGGCGAACGGUAUUGUCCUGACUGUAUUGUUGAGAGGCCGGAUAAGGAGGAGGACAAGCAUACGGCGCAUUUCUGGGGCGCCGUUGGAUACGACUUUAAGAUGGAGCGCCUGCACGAGUAUCAGAUUCCAUCUAACAACAAUGGGAAAAUGACCCAGGCUUACUACCACGAUCAUAUCCUCGAGGGUAUCGUCAAUCCGUAGAUAGAGGAAGGCCGCUCCUUUAUCCUCGAGGAGGAUGGAGAUAAUAGCCAUGGGCCUCGAGGGAACAACUUCGUCAAGGCUUGGAAGGAGAAGAACCACUUGAGGCAUUAUCUCAACUACCCUAGGUCCCCAGACUAGCCUCCUAUUAAAAAGGCAUGGCGGUUACCAAAGUCAGAGGUCAAAUAGCAGAUAUGCUUGACCCACGACACCCUUAUUAAGGCUGUCCAAGAUGGCUAGCAUGAACUAGACCAG